AAGUUGACGCGCAUGCUUUGUAGAAAAAUAAUUCAUGCGUUCUAACGUUGGCUCUGUUGGAGGUCAUAGACAGAACUGACAAAACAGUAGGGCCGCAGACAUGGCGAAACUAUUUGAAUCCAUCGGGAAGUUGGGGCUGGCCCUCGCCGUUGGUGGAGGUGUUGUGAACUCCGCCCUCUUCAAUGUUGACGCAGGUCAUCGGGCAGUUAUAUUUGACAGGUUCCGGGGAGUGCAAGACGCCGUAGUUGGCGAGGGAACCCACUUCCUCAUUCCCUGGGUACAGAAGCCUAUCAUCUUUGACUGUCGUUCUCGUCCACGCAACGUGCCUGUCAUUACAGGCAGCAAAGAUCUGCAGAAUGUAAACAUCACACUGCGCAUCCUCUUCCGGCCAGUGACUAGCCAGCUCCCACGCAUCUUCACCAGCAUCGGAGAGGACUAUGACGAGAGGGUACUGCCGUCCAUCACCACAGAGGUCCUCAAGUCCGUGGUGGCCCGGUUUGAUGCCGGUGAGCUCAUCACCCAGAGAGAGCUGGUGUCUCGGCAGGUCAGUGACGACCUGACAGAAAGAGCCAACACCUUCGGCCUCAUCUUGGAUGACGUCUCACUGACACACUUGACGUUCGGUAAGGAGUUCACAGAGGCUGUUGAGAUGAAGCAGGUGGCUCAGCAGGAGGCUGAGAGGGCCAGGUUUGUUGUAGAGAAGGCCGAGCAACAGAAACAGGCAGCCAUCAUCUCAGCGGAGGGUGACUCUCAGGCCGCCCUGCUCAUUGCUAACUCCCUGCAGGAGGCUGGAGACGGACUGGUAGAGCUGCGUAAGCUGGAGGCUGCCGAGGACAUCGCCUUCCAGCUGUCCCGCUCCCGCAACAUCACCUACCUGCCUGCCGGCCAGGGCACACUCCUCCAGCUGCCCCAGUGAGACCCACACACCCUGACCUAACCUCCCCUCCCUGUGACCAGCCAAUGCAUGAGCCAUGGAGGGGGUGAGGGAACGGGUGUCCACCUUCACACACU